GGGUUUCGCAUCCGCGCGAUUUCUGUUGUAAAUACCCGGAAAAUGUAGCCAGCCUAUCACACAGUCACCAGUCCGCGCCAGUCGCUCACUACGCUUCUGGGCGGUUCCAGUUCCGCCUCCAGCACUGGACUCUGGGGAGACCAGGAGUGCUUUUAAGUGAAAACGAUAAAUAAAUAGAAGCAUGGCGAUUGUACAUCUACAGAUAAGAUAAUUAUAGAAACCCCAUGUAAGAGGGAAAGUUUUUAAUGCGUUGUUUCGUGAAUGUGUUGCACAAUUUUAUGUUGGAAGUGGCGUUUUUGAAUCUACGACACGACCGGAACAACUCUCGCAGGUGAACGGAGCAAGUUGCCUUCAAUGUCGACAUUGUGUCCUCGGCAGGUGUCAGCCACCAGGUGAGCCCGGCUGCGAUGGAGGAGAAGGGGCACCGCGUGGCGGACUACUUCGCCGUGGCGGGGCUGACGGCCGGGUCCGAGCCGCUGGAGCCGGACCUGGCGGAGGGGAGGAGCGCCCGACCCCAGGCGCCCAUCACCGACCUGGCCGUUAUCAACCGCACGGCGGGCGAGGCCCCGCCCCCCGGCUUCACCUGCCUGGAGGCCACCCCCGGCGGCCUCCCCGCCAACCUCAACCACGGCAGCAUGGCCAGUCCUGAGAUCUUCCUCUGCUACAGGAGGGGGGGGGACAAGCCCCCGCUCAUCGACGUUGGGUUGCUCUACGAGUGGAAGGAGCGUCUGAUCUCGGGCUGUGAGGUCAUCCAGGCCACGCCGUACGGGCGCUGCGCCAACGUGAACAACAGCUCCACCUCCUCGCAGCGCAGCUUCCUGACCCUGCGCCGCGCCCCGCCCAUCCGGCCCCAGAACUCGCUGUGCGUCACCGACGUCUGCGUCAUCGUCGCCAGCCGCGGGGAGGCCCUGCCCCACACCUUCUGCAGGGUGGACAAGAACCUCAACUGUGGCCUGUGGGGAUCCAGUGUGUUCCUGUGCUACAAAAAGUCUGUUCCUGCGUCCAACUCGAUAGCUUACAAAGCGGACCUCCUGUUCCGGUAUCCGCAGGAGGACUACGAGUCCUUCCCCCUCUCCGAAUCUGUGCCCCUCUUCUGUCUGCCCAUGGGGGCCAAGAUCGAAUGCUGGGACCCCAGUAACCACCACCCCCUGCCCGUCUUCUCCACCUUUGUCCUGACUGGCUGCACAGCUGAGAAGGUGUAUGGUGCUGCUAUGCAGUUCUAUGAGCCCUACCCUGUGGAGUCUCUGACGGAGAGGCAGAAGGCCCAGCUGUUCCCACCAGACCCUGAGGGGGCGGGGCCUGUUCCCAGCAGGCCGGUGAACACCAAUAAGAGCAUCUGCCUGCUGUCGCGCUGGCCCUUCUUCGAGGCAUUCCGCAAAUUCCUCACCUUCCUGUACCAGCUGUCCAUCUCCGGCCCUCAGCCUCUGCCCAUCGAAAAGCACAUCUCCCAUUUUAUGCACAACGUGUGUUUCCCCUCUCCCCAGAGGCCAAGGAUCCUUGUACAGCUGUCUGCACUCGACACUCUGACUCUCUCCCAGCCCAUCAGCACACCUUUACCUCUCAGCGGGGCGGAUUUCUGCACCCUGCUGUCGAACCUGGGGCCGGAGACCUGUGCCACCCUGCUGCUGCUGGUGCUGCUGGAGAGCAAGGUCGUGCUGCACUCCCUCCGGCUCCCCGUGCUGACCGGCGUGGCCGAGGCCGUGGCGGCGAUGAUCUUCCCCUUCCAGUGGCAGUGCCCGUACGUUCCUGUGUGCCCGCUCUCGCUGGCAGGGGUCCUCAAUGCCCCCUGCCCUUUCAUUGUGGGCGUGGACUCCCGAUAUUUCGACCUCUACGACCCCCCAGCCGAUGUGGUGUGUGUGGAUCUGGACACCAACUCCAUUUACCUGUCAGAGGACAGGAAGCAGUUCAGCCUCCCGAAGAAACCUCGCAAGAGCCUCGUGAACUCCCUGAGCAGCCUGUACCAGCAACUCGACAACGUCCGCAGGACGGCCCAGGCAGAGAUGUCCCCCGUGGAGGCGGACUUCUCCCGGCAGAAGAGGAUGAUGGGAUUGGAGAUGGAGAUCCAGGAGGCCUUCCUGCGCUUCAUGGCCGCGGUGCUGAAGGGGUACCGCUGCUUCCUCAAGCCCAUCACCCAGGCGCCCACCAAGAAGGCCACCGCCGCCGACUCCCUGUACGACCUGCAAGGGUUUCUGAAGAGCAGAGACCGGGCUUCUCAGAAGUUCUACUCUCACCUGACCAAAACGCAGGCGUUUGUGCGCUUCAUAGAGGAGUGCACCUUCGUCAGUGACAAGGGCACGGGCCUGGCCUUCUUCGACAGCUGCGUCGAGAAGCUUUUUCCUUCUGAUAAAAACACUGACAAGGGAGGGAAGGUGGAUGGGGACUCCUGGGAGGACGGUCGGCUCCUUGAGCUGGAUGAGUCUCAGAAGAGUGACCUCACCGUGUUCGUCAUGCCCCCUGAAGCCCCUGCUGAGGACGGCCUGGACCCCCCCCUUCAGUACAGCUAUCAGAACUUCCCUUCUCUUCGCCUGGAGCUGUUCGACCGCCCCUCGGGGUUGAGUCCAGUUCCGAGCGCCGGGCCCGCUGUGACCAGCGUGUCCAAUAGCCCCGCCCUCCUGGCCAAGAGGACCAAUCAGGAGGUGAAGCUCUCCUGGAAGAUGGCCAGGCGGUAUCGGUCCCAGCCCCCUCUGUGGGCCAGGUGCCUGCUCAGCCACAGCUACAGCCUGUGGUUCCUGUGCCUGCCCAGCAGGGUGCGCUGCGCCCCCUGCAAGCUGCGCGCCCUGCAGGAGGCCCAUGCCGUGCUGCUGAGGAGGAGGAGCGCCGAGCUGGAGCUGCUGGACGAGGUGUGCUAUCGGGUGGUGAUGCAGCUGUGUGGCAUCUGGAGCCUCCCCGUCAUGGCCGUGCGCGUACUGAUGGAGAUGAAGAACGCUGGGGUACAGCCCAACGCCAUCACCUACGGGUACUACAACAAGGCCGUCCUGGAGGGCUCCUGGCCGAGCCAGAACCGGAGCGGCGGCUUCCUGUGGGCCAAAGUGCGCCACGCGGUGCGGGCAGUGGCGCAGUUCAACCGGGCACUGAGGACGGCUCGGGCCGAAGGACCCCUGCACAUCAACACAGAGGUGAAGGGGGACGGCGUGGCAGGAAGUGACGACGACAGGAUCAGCGGUGAGGAACACACCCUCUUCUCCCGCAGCCUUGUUGUCGGGGGCAACGCCAACGGCAACCACCACAGCGGAGCGGAGGAAGGGGCGGGCUCAGUAGACAGUGCUAAGCUUUUGGCUCCGCCCCUGAGCCCCAGGGACACGCCCACCCCAGGGCCCAGCAUCGUCAGGCUGUCCACAGGAAGCUCGGAUGGCUCUGCAGGAAGGGGCAGUGGUGUGAGGAAGCUGUUCACCUCACGCAAUCAGAGCGAGGAGGUGUCUCUGCUCGAGGAUGGCCUGGCUGUCUCCCUGGGCGGGGCCGGGGAGGCGGGGCUCCAGAAGGCAUUGGGGCGGAGCUUCAGCAUGGAGAGCCGGGCCGGCAUGCUGGAGACCAGUGCUGACCGGAUGGCCGUCGCCAUGGCAGCCGAUGCCAAGAUCCUGGAAGCCGCUCUCUCCGGGUGCAAGACCACUCCCACCAGCUCCGCCCUUGGCUCCGCCCCCUUCAAGGGCAUGGAGCCCGAGGGGGGUGUGUCCGGAUCCUCGGACGCAGCGGAGGGGAACGACGUGUUUCUUGAGCCCCCGUCCAAAUUAAGUGAGGUCAGGCUGCCAGAGGCGGUGGGGGCUGACUGUCCCAGGACAGAGGGAGACUCUGUGGCGCUGCUGAGGGGGGGGGAUGGGGGUCAAAGCGACCCCGCCCAGAGGGACAGCUCCUCCAGCAGGGCCGUGGAGAGGGAGGGCGUGGCCACGGGGGCGGACCUCCUGUCCCCGCUGCCGGUGACGGACAGCUCCAAAACCAGCCCGGCCCGCACCCGGGACCCCCGUACCCCAGUCCCGCCAACGGCGGCGCCCCAAAACCUGGCCAGCAGCCCUCUGGGGCCCAAGUCCUUCAGCAUGGAGCUGCACCACCAGGGGGCGCCGCAGCCAGCCACCGAGGUUGACUCCGCCUCCAGCGUGUCCCCCGGGAGGAGGGCCAGCCUCCCCGCCAGCCCGACGCUCCCGGGCGUGGGGCGGUCCGGCGCGGUGGCGGGGCAGCGGAAGGGGUGGGGCGCUGUGCAGCGGGCGGGCUCCUUCAGCGCGCUGAUGCGCUCCUCCCCCCGCAGCUCGCUCGGCUCCCUCAUCGGCUCCCUCUCCGGCCUCGCCCCCCCCAGGAUGGGCCAGCUGCUCGCCCCCCCCAGGAUGGAGCAGCUGCUGGCCGGGCCCAAGAUGGAGGCGCUGAAAUCGGGCGUGAAGCAGGCCGCCAGCGUCGCCAUCAAAGUGUGGGACACCGUGGCGUCUGCCUACGCCUACUCCGACGACGAGGAGGAGGACGGGAGGGGCGGGGGCAGUGGCCCGUCCUGGCCGGAGGGGGCCCUGCAGGGGGUGGGUGAGGUAGACGGCCCCGCCCACAGCACCCUGCGCUCCGACGGCCUCAACUACAGCAGCACCAGCCUGGAGAGCAGCAGCAGCAGUGUGAACCCAGGCCGGUCUGGGAGGGGUGCAGACUCCUCUCACCACACCAGCUCCUCCAGCAUCAACCAGAACACCGCCCUGGAGGUGCUGAUGUCCAGCUGCUCACAGUGCACUUCCUGUGAAGCGCUGGUGUAUGACGAGGAGAUCAUGGCCGGCUGGACGGCAGACGACUCCAACCUGAACACCACCUGCCCCUUCUGCCAGGCCUCCUUCCUGCCCCUGCUGCACGCUGAGUUCCGCGACCUGCGCACCGCAUCCAGCUUCCCGCUGAAACCCAGCAUGUCAGGUGACAGUAUCCAUAGCAACAGUGCUCCCCUGUCAUCGGAGUCAGCUGACCAGAAGGGCGGGGCCUCUGCGGUGGUUGCUGACCUCAUCAGUUUCGAGGAGCCCCCACUGGAGGUGCCGACGGGGGCCCCUGGGGGCCUGGCUGGCAUACAGGAGGGCCCUGGUCUGGACCCUGAGCUGGUGAAUUGGGGCACCCCCCUGACCCGCAGCAGCAGCAUGAGCGACUCCCUGCAGACCCGGGACCCCCCCCAGCGCCCGUCCCGCGGCGUGUCCACCGCCAGCCUGCCCAGCAGCCUCCAGGGGGCGACGGAUGCAGUGGGGCAGAAGAGGCCCAACCCCCAGCCGGUGUCGGUGCCAUACCUGAGCCCCCUGGUCCUGCGGAAGGAGCUGGAGUCGCUGCUGGAGAACGAGGGGGAGCAGGUCGUCUGCACCCACAAGUUCCUCAGCCAGCACCCCAUCCUCUUCUGGAACCUGCUGUGGUACUUCUGCCGGCUGGACCUGCCCAGCACGCUGCCGGGCCUGAUCCUCACCUCGGAGCACUGCAACCACGGAGUGCAGCUGCCUCUGACCCAGCUGUCCCAGGACAGUAAGCAGGUGUGCGUGCAGCUCCUGUGGGACAACAUCAACCUGCACCAGGAGCCCACAGAACCUCUCUACCUGCUCUGGAGGACCUUCAGGCAGAUGAAAGCUCUGUUGGGUCCUACGGAUCACCGGGAGGCCAGAGACCUGCUGAACAGCAUCAUCGGGAGCAUCCAGGAGAGCGACGUUCACGCGCCCAUGAGCCUGCUCACACAGGAAGUGCAAAAGAACGCCCGCCCCAAACGCCAAAGGAGUAUCUACAGAGAGAUCCUCUUCCUGUCACUGGCCGCUCUGGGGAGAGAGUAUAUUGACGUUGAGGCCUUUGACCGUGAGUACAGUGAGGCCUUCGACGCGCUGAGCCCGGAGGAACGCGAGGCCCUGUCCCCCAUAGACCAGCCGCCCAGCAGCACCGUGCAGUGGUGCCUCAAGUGCUUUGGCACUCCUGUCAUCUGACAGCGCCCCCUGCUGCCGUGGAGGAUUACUCACAGGAGACACUGCCACCUGAGAACGCCCCCUGCAGUCCUGGAGGAUUACUCACAGGGCACACAAGUGGUUCUUUUCCAGGUGGAUAUUUAUUCAUAGAAGAAAGGAGGGCGUUUGUUUCUGCACUGUAAAUUUCAUGCUGUGAUUAUCCCUCAAAGAUGACAAAGAUGGACUCUCACUUCCACAGCCUCAUUCCGAUGUUAUUGUACCUGCCUGAACUCCUUAUUAUAAUUUGUCCUAAACGCUAAAAGUCCCAUCUUGUCGAGAAGACAAGGAGCAGGAAAGAUUUUGUUGUGACUCCUGAAUUCAGUCUUAAAACGCCGGACACCAGCUUCCUGACUUGUGGAGCCAUUGAACACGGUUUGAGUCACUUGAGUAAGGGAAGAAGCCUGACUGUGGCCUCAGGUGAUGUACACAGUGUGGGCUGCGAUUGGCUGUGAUUGGCUGUGAGUGGCUGUGAUUGGUCAGUCCAAUGCCUAGACAGCCCAGAAGGCCUCAUUCUGUAGGCCUCGGGAAGCCUCUCGCUGCAGACCUUUUUAUCUCAUAGCCUGUAUAUGUUCAUUGCAUGUAGAUAAAGAGACAUUUUAUUGUCAUUUUGACCUAUUUGCACUUCUGGGAACCGCUGAUCCUCAGUUUCCCUUUUGCCGUUUUUGUUUUGUAAACAUCGGUUCUGAGGUUGGGCCCGAGGGAUCGCACCUGUUUCCUGGUGUCAGACGGUUUGAGUCUUAAAAUGGUGGCAGCCUUUGCGGGCGGGAGUGGGAUUACUUAAUUUGGUGGAGUGGAGAGAUCGAGUUGGGGUGGGGUUAUUAUGUUGUGUACAGCUCUCAUUUUGUUGGAGGGUGGCCUGUAACGAUUGCUAUCCCAGAAUUCCUUUCUUCUGUGGCCGUGUUGGGGGGAGAGAAUGCGUGGCUCAUCCUGUUCAGACGCUGGUCCAGUGUGUGGAUGGGCCUGGUGUGGAAUAAACGCUGAGUCAUCACCGGAACCCGCUAUAAACGCUGAGUCAUCACCGGGACCCGCUAUAAACGCUGAGUCAUCACCGGGACCCGCUAUAAACGCUGAGUCAUCACCGGGACCCGCUAUAAACGCUGAGUCAUCACCGGGACCCGCUAUAAAUGCUGACUCAUCACCGGAACCUGCUAUAAACAUUCCAACUUUAUUUCUCAGGACCAAUAACGGCCCUGCCCACCAUUCAGGGCACAAGUGGGGAACUCAGCCGUGAUAACUGCAGGGUGAGGCCGUUCCAGUCUGGCACCCACUUCCUGCUGGGCCCGUAUUCAUAAAGCAUCUGAGAGGAAACCUGAGCUGGGGUCCGCUAAAGGCCCGAAACCGAUCCCAAAUGAGCUCUGCUGCUCUGAGACGCUUCAUGGAUAUGGCCACUGAUCUGGAGUCAGUGCUCGACAAGCCAGAGCCUCACGUGAUGUGACCCGCCGCUCCUAAACACUGAUCUGGGAUCAGCGGAUCCGGGGCUGGCCUUGCCGCUGUGUUUCGGGUCUCUAAGAUUGUCUAGUUUCAUGUGACGGGAAGCAGCACUACUGAAACCACAGCUAUUGGCUGCCCCUCACCGCGCAGUGCCUUCAGCUGCCAGCAGGGGGAGAAAAACGAAAACUUCAUGUCUUAAAGUGGCUCUUUGAUUGACACCUCACACCACCAGUUAUGCUGAAUCUUUGGCACCUCCGCUCUGUAAGGCCAUGGUGUUCAUCUCAGUGUGGCAGGUUGCUUUGCCCCCUGCAGGUUUGACCAAAACGUGAAUUCCGUAGCAGCAGCUGAGUAUCCCGUCCUCAGUGGACUGUGUGUGUGUGUUUUUAAAAGGUAAAUGUUGCUGAUACUGUGUAGUGUGGUGCAUAAGCUGUAUUUGGGUCUCCUUCUGAUGCUGCGGCUCUUUGAGCAAAGACACAACCCCAAAAAAAACCCUGUGAAUGCUUCUUCCCCAUUUCAGGAAAAAUCUCCAUUGUGGUUCGUUUGUGUUAGCUCUGACAACGGACUAGCACUGACCGCACGGUUCUAUUUGCACUUAAAUGGUGUUGAUGAUCAUAAAUGUCCAAAUAUCACGACGUGGGGCUGCCUGGAGUUCCUGCACUCCAAAGCAGCACACGCAGGUCUUAAUUCAGGGUCAUUGAAGUGUCUUGGUGCAAAGGUGCUGAUCUGGGGUCAGUUAUGCCCUUUAGCUGGUCAUGGAAAAGGUUAGGAGGUAGACUGGGGGACACAGAUUCCCAUCAGCGCUAACGCUUAGACGCUUUAUGAAGACUGGCUCUGUCCCAGUCUGAUGUAUUUCGGGGCGAGAAGCUGGUCCAAGGCCGUUUGAGGGUUCUGAAUCCAGGUUAAGGCCUUGCUUGUCCUGGCUAAACUCUGAGAGGCUUCCUCAGCCAGCCACCUAAUCAGCCCCCAGUGUAAUCGGUUAAAAAAUGAGUUCCCUCUCCUCAUCAGCCGAUGUGUGAUGAGCGUUCUGGCGCAAAAUGACGGCCGUGCAUCUCCCAGGUUGGUGCUACACACUGGUGGUGGGUGAGGGGGAAACUCCUCAUCACUGUUCUUCUCAUUAUUAAAAGAUCAGUUUAUGAAAUUGAACAGCGCUGUGACUGGACUUUAACUCAUCUGCUGCAGAUCAUACCGAUGGUCGUCACUUCAAUGCUGUGUCUUAAUGUAGUGAUCAGGUAUGGUCAGCGUGUCUGAGAUUUGUAAAUUGCACUUCUGGUUUGGUUCACUGAAUGAACCCACACAGGGAUUCUGUCUCACACACUCCAUAAUGAUCCGCUCCUGCUUGUGUGAACUCAGCUGAGGGGGGGGACUGGUGCUGGAGAGACUGGUGCAUGUUCUGCAUUUAAUGCCGAAAUCAGUUCUUAAUUAGCCCGAUAAUCUGUGAUCUGACGGUAUAGCUACGUGUGAAUUAAGAUCGUGAAUGGCAGCUGAAGAUCGUCGUGCAGAUGGAAAAGCAGAAAUGGAUUUUGUGCUCCAUGAUCCGGAUUCCCCAGCCUGCCUUGUGCAUUGCAGCUGAUGGGAGUGCCACCCCCCCGGCCCCCAAGCCUGCGUUUCCAGUUAUGUCAAAUGCAAAUUCAGUGCAGAGCUGUAAUGCAAUAAAUGUUAUGGUAAUUUCCAUUUUUCAAAAAGCA